UAACAAAUACAUCGUGCUUAGUAAAAUUUAUGGUCAUAAAUAACAGACAAAAUACACGUUUUGGGUUACCUUCUACGUCGCUUGAUAGUUUUGUGUGACUAGGUAAUGGGUGGUAUCGAUGCUAGUCGAUGGAAACCCCGCCGUACAAAGGGAACAGUGAUAUACAAAACUAGGAACCAGUUUGCUUGGGCUGUCAUAGCAGCCGGUACGGUGUUUUUCGCGACUUUUUACUCCGUCGUGAGCUACAUCGGUGGUGACAAUCUAAAGCAACGUCUGAGGAGAGACUUUUUCGAGAAAACUGAAGAAGAGGUGGAUCGAAAGAAUUUGAUGCGAUUCAGUUUGAUUGCGCCCAAACGUGGGGACACCAUCCGGAAGCUGCUCGAAGAGGAAAAGGAAGAUCAAGCGAGAAAGUAA